ACAGUUCCUCAUGCCACCUGUGUGGAGAGCUGCCAGCCCGGUUACAACAAGAUUGUCCAGCAGGGGAAGCCAGUCUGUUGUUACCAAUGUGCUCGGUGCCCAGAAGGCAGAAUUUCCAUCCAUGCUGAUGCAGAUCGAUGUGAGAAGUGCUACGAAGAUCGGUAUCCAAGCCAGGGCCAGGAUCAUUGCCUCCUGAAAAGUGUGGCUUACUUGUCCUACAGAGAACCUUUGGGAGCAACUUUGGGGUGUUGUGCCUUUUCGUUAUCUGGACUGACCGUUCUGGUGAUGGGGGUCUUCCUUCACUCCCGGCACACUCCCCUUGUCAAGGCCAACAACUGGAAGCUCACCUGUGUCCUGCUCUCCUCUCUCUUCCUGGGCUUCCUCUGCCCCUUCCUCUUCAUCGGAUGGCCUGGGAAGAUCUCCUGCUUCCUGAGGCAAGCCGUCUUUGGCAUCAUCUUCACUGUGGCUGUUUCUUGUGUUUUGGCUAAAACCGUCACGGUGGUUCUGGCCUUCAUGGCCACCAAACCUGGAAGCACGGCCAGGAUGUGGGUGGGAAACAGGUUGGGAGUGUCCCUGGUGGUUCUCAGUUCACUUAUUCAAACUGGCAUCUGCAUCGUGUGGCUGGCGACCUCACCCCCUUUCCCAGAUUUUGACAGGAACUCUCAAGUGGACCAGAUCAUCGUGCAGUGCAAUGAAGGCUCAGACAGGAUGUUCUACCUUGUCUUAGGUUACAUGGUCCUUCUGGCCAUCACCAGCUUCAUGGUGGCUUUCUUUGCCAGAAGAUUGCCCGAUAGUUUCAAUGAAGCCAAGCUGCUCACCUUCAGCAUGUUGGUGUUUUGCAGUGUGUGGGUCUCCUUUGUGCCCACCUACUUGAGCACCAAAGGGAAAUACAUGGUGGCCGUGGAGAUCUUCUCCAUCUUGGCUUCUAAUCUGGGCUUACUGGGCUGUAUCUUCUUCCCAAAAUGCUAUAUUAUAAUCUUGAGACCAGAACUCAACACUAGAGAACAAUUAGUAAGAAAAAAGUAAGGCCGACAGUGGUUUAUUUGGGUUCUUUAUUUCCUUGACUUGUUUCUUUUUCAUACAUUCCUACAGCAUUUAUUAAAGAAAGGA